UAUCGCAUUUGUUACUUGAGUAUCUCCAAUAAAACCUACUUUUUAAAUAUAAUUUAAUCCAAUUAUUUCUUUUUACAUUCUGUUACUCUAAUGACAAAAAGGAUAUACUGACCUGAUAUACCAAUGACUGGUACUCCAUUUUUGAGGCAAUGUUUCGUAACUUCGGGGAUAGCAUUGAAUAUAUCUCAAAUCGGCUUGGUGCUAGCUUAUUCAGUCGCUAUUGUUAAUCAACUCCAGGAUCCAGAUUCAAGUAUAUCUAUUGACGACGAAUGUGGAUCGUGGAUAUCUGCAUUACCAGGAAUUGCACUUGCUUUCGGAAACAUGGCAGUGGCUGGUACAAUGGCUAAAUGUGGUCGACGAAGAACUAAUAUUUUAUCAUCCAUUCUAUCAUUCGUAGGAUGGAUUCUAAUACUUUUUGCAGAUGAUGUGAUUUGGAUUUUUAUUGGAAGAUUUUUACAAGGCAUCUCAUUAGGCCUCAUCUUAACAUCAGGACCAGUCAUAGUUGGGGAAUACACUAGUCCAAAAUACCGAGGAACUUUAUUGACAGUUAUAAGUGUAGCAAUAUCUGCAAAGACUUUAACUAUGCAUAUGAUGGCUUCAUAUUUAAAAUGGCGUUUGAUUGCCUUUAUUUGCACAAUUAUUAAUUUUGUGGCUGUAUUAAUUUGUUUAUAUUCACCAGAGACACCAAGUGCACUGGCACAUAAAGGUAAAUACGAUGAUUGUAAGAAAGUCUAUCGGUGGCUUAGAGGGAACGAUGAAGAGCAGGAAUUAAAAGAUUUGAUUAAGACUAGUACAGAACUUAAUCAGUCGAAACAUAAUUUAGUCAACCAGACAAUAACAGAAACGGUGAGAUGUAAAUUGGAUAAUCUAAAAAUGACAUUUAAGAAAAAAGAGGUGUAUAAACCUUUGAUCAUAUCAUUGCAUCUUUAUAUGAUCAGCUAUUGGUCUGGUAUGCCAGCUAUAAGUGUUUUCCCAAUAAUUACAGUCACUAAAAUUGUUGGAACAGAAAUGAACAUUCCAAUGGUGAUUAUGUCUGUAGAUUUAAUUAGAUUGCUUAGUAAUUUUCUUGCCAUGUAUAUAGUUAAAAAAUUUAAAAGAAGACUUCUGAUAUAUUGUACUGCUGGAGUGAAUAUUGCAUUACUGUUUUUAAUAGCCGGCUACGUUUACUUAAUAGAAAAGAAUGUGAUUAUUGGCAAACCUGUUAUUGGAUUAAUUUUGUUGUACGUUCAUAUAUUAUCAAUUGCUAUAGGCUCACUACCAUUACCACUGGUUAUUUCUGGUGAAAUAUUCCCAUUGGAAAGUCGAAGUAUGACGAGUUCUGUAUCGGCUGUGUUAUCUUCAUUAAAUUUAUUUAUAGUUUUGAAAACAUUUUCUCUUUUAUACAACAAUACUAAUAUUUAUGGUGUUUACAGUUUGUAUGGUGUUAUUUGUAUUUAUUCUUUAGUUAUAGUUGCAUUAUUACUGCCUGAGACAAAAGAUAAAUCUCUUCUGGAUAUAGAAAACGAAUUUAAAAGUAAAGUUACAAGAAACAGAGAUGAAUCUACAGAUGUAUUUUUAUAAACUAAACCUUUGCAAUGUACUUUUGCAAUAUUGCAUUCUUUAAACAAAAGUUUUGUAUAUAAUUUAUAGACUGUUACAAUUUAUUUAUUAUUUAAUGGUUAAAUAUUUAUUAUUCUAUAAUCUACUUCAUUUGACUAGUGCUGAAUUUAAAUUUUAUUAACUAGUAUUGUGUAUUUGUUAUAUUGUUGCAUUUGUUUUGAGUAAAAGAUAUUUGGCAGAAAUUAUUGUAGUUUAGUAUGAUUAUAUAUUUGGCCGUGUUUGUCCUAACAUAGAAUAGGCCACCCCUUCCUUUCUGGUGAGUGUCGUAAGAGGCGACUAAGGGAGCUUAUGGUAGAGGGAUGGGGAGCAGUGGUCCUCUUAAAACAUCUUCAAAGCCUAACUGCGAUUGCGAAUUCGCCUGCCAAGCGUGGCAACUACUGGCAAACCCCCCAAGGGGAGGCUUAUGUUCAGCAGUGGACAGUUAAAGGCUGAUAUGAAGAUGAUAAUAUUAUAUAUUACCAUUUAUUGUAUAUUUACAACCGACAACUGAGUUAAAAAAUAUAAAUUUUCGAUGGCACCAGAGGGAGAUUUUGUACAAAAGUCGUUGGCUUAGGUACCUCUGUCCCAUUCGUGUUUCAACCGUAAAGCAGUUGUGUUUGCAUAGCUGUGUUUCGGUUUGAAGGGUGGGAUAUGGCGUAAAUUUACAGGGUACACAGGAAUAACACCUGAGUCUACAGGAGUGGCAACGCACGGAGGGUAUCAUGGGCGGAAACAGUAUACUCUGUUAUGUCCACGGUACUGCUCACGGUACUCAAACGACUUUUGUACAAAGUCUCCCUCUGGUAAUUUUUCUUAAAUAUCUCUCAAGUACACACACUGUUUAGUCGUAUGUGUACUUGCAUAAUUUUUUUUUUUCAUAUUGUAACUACAAUAUUUAGAUACUGUUAACAUAUUUUUUCAUUCUUACACCCUUGAACCUAAAUGGUCACAUACUGUGUGGUUUCAAAGGAAUUGUCUCCCGCAAACGAUCAGGCUGUGAAUUGUUGCUGCCGAGGUUCCCUCUAGAGACCACAGUAUGUUUUUCAAAAAAGGUAUAUUAAGGUUUUUUCA